GUUUAAACAUGGCGUGAAAUACUUGAGGAGUGUACUAUAAACCCAUAAAGGUAUUGGAUCUUGCCUAAUUCAUCUAACAUGAUCACUGAAAUCAGCCACGACAUAACGGACACAUGAUCAUGUUUAUAAACCGGGUGGAAGGAAUUUUAUGGUUGGACCUUAAUUCGUAUGAACAAUAGACGAUGUGGUGACCAUUUGAUUAAUCGCCACGCCUUAAUUAAGCAGCAUCAAAUAGGUUUUGAUUUAGGCUUAUUUGACUGCAGUUUGAAAUAUUGCAAAGGGUUCAUAAACGGUAUCAGCUGAUGAUGGCGGUCGCCACGGAGCAAGUCAACUUCACAACAGCAUUUGUGGAUACCGCUGGCUAUGAAGAGCUGAGGAAACACAUACGAGAAAGCACCGAAUUCACCAAGGAACUUGCACUUGUCUUAGAAGAAAGAGCUGAAGUAGAAAUUGCAUAUGCUAAGCUUCUCAACAAACUCACUGUCAAAGCCAAUAAAAUCACGAAAUUAAAAUCUGGGACACUUUGUGCAGCAUGGAGUAUUCUUUGUGGGCAAUUCGACGCAGAAGCUACUAUUCACAAAACUGCAGCAGAAACGAUUAUAAAAGACAUUCAGAAACCGUUAAAGAAAAUGUCGGAACAGCAAGCGAAGAGCUACAAAGUGUUUGAAGCGCCUGUUGAUAAAGCAGUGAAGUCUAUGAAUGAUUCGCGUGCUGAACUCAUGAAGAAACGGAAAUCUGUAUACAGUAAAUCAAAAGAUUCGCAGGUUUUAGUGAACCAGGCGAGCAAUCCAAACAACUCAAAAGGGAAACCUCUUUCAGAUAAAGAAAUGUCAAAGCUGAAGGGUAAGAGUCAGAAAUCAGAAGAAGGUGUGGCUAAAUCUGAGCAGGAGUAUAUGAAGCAGUUAAUGUUAGCUGAGAAGACUAGGCAGGAUCAUGAGAUUUCUCUAGUCGAAGCUGCUUCUACUGUUCAAAAACUUGAGAUAGAACGAAUCAAUCAACAAAAAUCACUACUCAAUCUUUACACCCAGACCAUCGUAAAUAUGACGCCUAAAAUUAAAACGUGUUGUGAUCAAAUAAACAGUGCGCUCUCUGCUGUUCAACCAGAAGAUGACGUCAUCGCUAUCGCCAAGGCUAAAGGGAAGCCCCCUCAACCAACAUACCAACUCCUCAUGGAUGCCUACCAAGAAGAGAUUGGUAAUGGUAUGUCCCUGAAUCAACGCAAGACGUACGUAGCAAGGCAGAUCAAACUCAUUGAUAAUGAGAUAGCCAAGGAGGAAAAGAAAAGGGAUGACAUCUCACGGAACCAGAAGAACAGUAGUGUCAAAUCAACCAAAGGUGUCCAGACUGGUAACAUACACAUACAAAUCAUGCAUUGUGAUGAUAACAUAAAUAUGUUGACAGCGUCUAAGUACAAGCUAUUAGCUUCUAUCGCUGAGAUGGAUGGCAAGCAAAGACCAGUUAGUGGAAUGGCUCAAUUCAUACGAAUCAAUAAAGAUAAACAGGGGACAACAGUUUCGACCCUCCAUUACCCCCGCACCAACGCCCCUGAGAGGAAGUCGACACGUAACAUCUCCGCAGUACCGUCUUUGGCGAUCGUUACUGUUGCCGCUGCAGCUGCUCCGGUCGCUGCUGCAGCUCCUGGCCCACCAGGAGCCGUAGCAGCCUCUGCUGUGGUAGCGGAGAAGGCUCCCGCUCCCGUGCCUCCUUCUGGAGCUACUGCGGCUCCACCACCACCUCCACCAGCCUACCAAGUGUCAGACACGACAAGGGUGCUUGGACAGUGCACUGCCAUUUAUGACUAUGACGCCACAGAUGAGGAUCAAAUUGAUAUUAAAGAAGGUGACGUCAUCAAUAUUGUUGAGAAAGGUGAAGAUGGUUGGUGGAAAGGUGAGAGGGAGGGUAAGAUAGGUCUCUUCCCAGCUUCCUACGUCAAAGGAGAUAUGGACAACGACAAGGAUAAUGAUGAUGGCAACGAUCAGGUGUAACCGAUGUCCUUAUCGCUAAAGCCUUAAAGGGAUACUUCAGACUAAGUUGCUUUGAACAGAUAGAGUAAAAUCGGACAGACAACACACUGAAAAUUCCAUCAAAAUUAGACAAGGAACGACAAAGUUGUAACAAAGGUUUUACUUAUGUCCUCAUGAAUAUGAAUGACAGAGCUGAUAAUGUCAUAUCCCCACUAAUUCUUUUGUGUUUCAUUUUUAUACGAAAUUAUGUUAAUUCAAAUAUUAUGCUCCAAAUAAUGUUAAAAUGUGAUUUACUAAUGAUUUUCUUUGUUAGAUAACCUCUGUUGAACUUUGUUAGACACUCGUAUGAAAACAUGAAAUAAUUUUGAUUGCAUUUGAUAAGCUUGAAAUUUUAAUAACUUUGAAUUUACCCUAUCAUAUGAUAUAUCAAUUUUAGCUCGGAGUACCCCUUUAACAGUAAGGAGCGAGGUUGGAUCAAACCAGCUCCGACCCUUCUACGAUCAACGACUUUCUUAAAUAUUUAAUGUUUUUUAUGGUUAUGGCCAGUGUCAAGUAAUUGAUGGAAAUAUAUUGUUGGUAUAUCAGUAGGUUCAAGAGAAGAAAUGUCAAAAUGUAGUAAACCAGUAAAGAUUUAUCAUUGCAUCAAAUACAAUUUAUGAAUAAAAUUGUUUCGAAUGAUGUAAUUUAAAAAGAAAGCAUAAAACAUUUAAAUAAUGAGUAUAUAUAUGAUGUAUAUCAUUAUAUCAAUCGCGAUGACAACCACUAUGAUUUUAAAGUAUAGAUGGGAGGGGGGUGGGGACAUGGUACAAAAGUGAAGAAAAAUGAGGAGCAAGAAGGGUCAUCAAAGAAGAGUAUUAAAGAUGUUUGGGUUCAAUCUAUGUUUCCAAAAAAAAUGGAAAUGACGGGAACAUUUAAUACAUUAUUUGGACUGCAUGAGCAAUUUAUUGACUAAUGUUUUCAUAAAGAGUUUUUGCGCACUGAAGCCCAGCGCAUUAUGCGAUCCAAUGCGAGCCGAUUCUUUAAUAAAUCGUAUUUUUCAAUUAAUGUGAAAGUUCCAAGAAGUGAAAAUUUUGCAUUAAGUUAGGAAUGAUAAAAUCAUAAUUUUCCUUUGCGGCAAGCCCUGUGGUCGGAGUAAAGCCCAAAUCGGUUUCAAUUUCGAACUAGACGGAAUUUCAAUUUCAGUAUUCCUACCACCUUGACCACUAUUCUGAACUCUGAUCGCUUGAAUUUUAUUGGUUGGAAUGUUCAUAUCAAGUGUUAUUAUAAUUUCUCUGAAAUUCGGAUCGCAACGAAUCGCAUAGUGUGCGCCUGGUUUUGUAUAGCGUAUUUCUUCUUUAUUAUUAUUAUUUAUAUACACAUGCAUAAUAUUGAUACCCAAUAUUUUUUUCUUCUAAUUUUCAAGGUGGAUCCACACUUACCAUGCUUACAAGCACUGCCGGAUUUUCAUAUACUCUAUACUUUAAAAUGUUAAUCCAUUAAUUUGUAUCUGAUUUAUAUUACUUUCAUUACUUUGUGUCAUGUUUUAUUGGAAAUGAAAUAAAGAAUUGAAUUUAAUAGAAUAAGCGAUAUGAGAAGAGACAUAUUUAGUUUAUGUUUGAACUCUGGGGAGAAAUUUGAAUCAGCAAGGAAAUCGGAUGGCCACGUUAUUGAUCUUUUUCUUAUCAUAAAAUUGCAAAACUUUGACUUAGUUAGGAAAACCAUUUAAGAGAAACGUAAGGUUUAUUUUGCACUCAUUUUAUUUGUGUUUACAUUAUUUGAUUAAAAGCUUGAUGCCUAGUGAGUUCUCUAUUGAAUUGAAAUGAGCAUACUAUUCAAUCAAAAGUCAUCGAUUGCUCUUCAUGUAUAAAACUUGAAAUAUUUGGGAAUGGGACGGGGGCCUCGGGUGACUUCCUUCUUUUACCAGGCUCCGCUGUGCACAACUCUUUCAUCAAUACCAUUCUUUUUUUCUCUCCUUUUUUAUCAUUUGAAAAAUAAAUUUUAGUUAGUUACACCCCCUGAA